AUAUGGAACAGAUAUUACCAUUAACUCCAAUUAUGUUGUCACAAAAUGUUAUAAUGAUAAUUGCUGAAUAUAAUACGUUGAUAAAUACAAGAUGGUAUGAAAAUUGGUCACUAAGGAAUACUUUGCAAACAGAUGAAGAUAGAGAUAUUUUUGAGUGUGUGCAAAUAGUAUCAAGAAAUUUUUUCAACGAGAGCAAUGAGUUGAAUGAAGACACAUUUGUCCAUCGAUAUUGCCAUCAAAUUCUUGAAGAGAUAUUUGGUAAAACUGAUUUUGCAUUAGUUUGGGCAAAUGGUGAGUCCAAAAGUUCGAAAGAAAGAUGGGCAUUAGAUGGCAACAAUCACGGAAGGAAACCAGACUUUCGAGUACUUGAAAAAAUAGACGAUGCAAACAGAGAGUUCUUAUUUGGCGAAAUAAAACCUUCAGCCUAUACAGAUAUUAUAAGUAAAAGUGUGAUAAAGUUGGCGGAGUUUAUGAAGGGAUCUUUAGACCUUAUCAUCAAUAGAUGUGAUUAUAUUGUCAGUAUAGAAAUCUAUGGAAUAUUGAUCUGUGGAGAUAUAAUUAAAAUUUUUAACAUAGAUUUGGCAUAUGAUGGUCUUUAUCAUUGUAGUUUAUUAUUAAAAAUACUGCUUUCAACAGAGAAUUUGAAUUUUCUAAACAUUGUUACUGUGGUUAAGAUCUACAAUCAAUGUAGUAAAUUCAUUUCAACUACAAUCAUCAUCUUCAAGUCAUUCUUAUUAUUGGAAAUUGAAUUCGUCACCAAGAAAAAUACGCGUACUGAUAGUCAGAGCUUAGGUGAUAAUAUGUUG